CACCAUCACCAUUAUUCUACUCACCAAAAUAAAUAAUGUCAGAAGAGAAUAGUAUACUUCUUGUAGCUCAUUGGAAUGGUGAGAUACAAAUCCUUAAUAGUGAAGUUCAAGGUGUGGAAUCUAUCUACGGUAAAUUUCCCAGGCAUCAAUCAGGAGUUUAUGUUGGUUCACGGCCUCUCCCAAUCAACGAUGAACCAACAUGGCGGCAUUUUAUACGGAAAGCAUCACAUGAAUACGAUGCAAUUGAAGUAUUCAUCAGAGUGUUUAAAAAUGUUGAGGAGGAAGAGGAUGGUAAUCCAUUUUUUCAGCAACCAAUGGAUCAGCCCUCUUCAUCCCAUUUCACUCAACAUGUUGAUAGCGAUCCAGAUGAUGCUGAGUACAUUGCACCCUCAACGGAAGAUGAAGAAUCUUCGGAAGAGGAAGAGGACAUAUCUUCAGAUGAAGGAGACAAUGGUCAGGACGUUCGUGCAGUGCCACAAUUACAGGACAUGCAUAGACGCGAAACACAUAGGUCCUUGAGGCUGACGUUCCACGUCCCAAUUAUUGAGGUUGGAAACAGGUAUCCUUCUUUCCAAAGUCUACAACAAGCUGUGUCAUUACGGAACAUUGCGGAACAUAGACACUUUCACACAGAAGUGAAACAGAGCCGUUAUUGGAGAGCAAGUUGUGUAUAUGCCCAUCAAUAAUAUCCUUAAGGGAUGUCAUUGUUUACCCGGCUUUGCCAUUGUGAGGUUCACCUAUGACAAAUUGGUCAAGCUUUUUGCUGAUAGGCGAACCAAUGGAUAUUUGUGGCAACAAUCUGGGUAUAAUUUUCCUAUGAAUGUGUGGAAAAAUAUCAAGAACAAUGAAGAAAAUAUGCUUUAUUGUCGUGUUGUGCAACACCAUGCACAGCAUGGGAUAUACUUUGUGGUUGUGGAUGGGUCCUCCAAAAAUGGUCACCGCGAAACAUUUGCGGUAAACUUUAAUGCACGAACAUGUACCUAUGGAGAAUGGGUAACAUUUCACAUUUCGUGCAUUCAUGCCCACGCAGUAUGUCAUCAGUCUAGAGUCACCGUGGAUCAUUUGAUUCCUAGUAUUUUUUCAAUCCAGUCCUACAUCAAUGCUUAUUCGGGCAUCCUAAUGCCGCUUCCCGAUGAGGCCGAAUGGCCUACUCCAGGAUACGAGAUAGUGAGACCAACUGCACGAGCAAGGACACAAACCGGUCGACCUACAAGAACUCGCUAUCCGAAUAAUAUGGACUAGUGGACUACCGACCACGGCGACGUCGCAGUGGACAAUAGCUAUAUCAAGGGUUUCAAUUAUGUCUAAGUUUAUGUUUAAUGAAUUUCACAAAAUAAAUUAGUUAUGGCAUGUGUUUUGUAACCUUAUUUUUAUGAAUAAAUCUUAUGUACUUUAUGAAUAAAUUUGUUGUGAUUUA